AUGGUGGUGUCCCAAUUUUUCAUCUCUCAUAAGAACAAACUUAAAGAUGAAAUCCAAAAAUGGCAUGUUCAUAGCUUGUGUCACAUUAUCAAUGCUGGUGUUUCAUGCUGCUUCACAGUGCAGCAGGAAACCAGUGAUAUUCAACUUCGGCGAUUCGAAUUCAGACACCGGCUGCCUUGCUGCAGCAAUGGGAUACGAGUUCGGCUAUCCGGACUCUUUCAUCGCCCCACCGGUCGCCUGUGUGACGGCCGCCUCAUCAUCGACUUCCUUUGUAAGCUAGUACAAAUAGUGGCGCGAAAAUGUGAAGUCAAAUUAUUUGAGUCCGUAUCUGGAAUCAUUGGAGGUUACAAGAAUCUUGUGGGAGAAGAUGGAUUCAAGAACGCCAUCUACAUGAUCGAUAUAGGCCAAAAUGAUCUCACGCCUGCAUUCAACAACGUUCCGUACGACCAAGUUCUUCAAAAGAUCCCUUCAUUCAUCUCAGAGAUUAAGGAGGCUAUGUGGGUAAGCAAACACCACUCUCUCACCAUGACAAUUACUACUAGACUGCGCGAUCCAUGAAUGAAGCGUCCAAAGCAUUCAACUCCCAACUGCGCGAUCUUUGCCAACAAGUACGCGAUCAGAUGAAAAACACGACCAUCGUCUAUGUGGAUCAAAUACAGUCUCAUUGCAAAUUCUUCCACCUACGGUGAGUUGACUCAUAAUCAUACAUAUAACUAGCAGUGAGCAAAAUAUCUGAAAAUUGAAAUAUGAAAUACAACUGUUGGCAAUAUUGAUGGCAUGUUGCGGACAUGGUUGGUGGAGUGCCUUACAACUUCGAUCCAGAGAAAAAGUGUCGGGAUGCAGGGUUCGGCCUGUGUAAGGAAGGGGCAGGGGCAGGGGCAGGGCCCUACGUGAGUUGGGAUGGAGUAGGCUGCUAAUACCAUUGUUGCCUCUGCAAUCUUGUCUACUAAAUAUUCCACUCCAAACCUUCCAUUUAACUUUUUCUGCAAUAACUAAUUUAUACUACUACACUUAUGUAGCUAAAUUGAAGAUCAUGCUCGUGCUUGUGUGAUUUGCUAAUUGAUAGUCUUAUAUAUAAAUAUUAUAUAGUAAUUUUUCAUUUUAGAAUAA